AUGGAGAGGUUAGCAGAAGAAUGUGAACUGAAUUGUACGGAAGAGAAACAGAUUCAGGUUAUUGAAAAAUGCCUUCCAUUAGUUCGAGCAGAUCGCGACAACAAAACAAUUUCGUUAGGAUACCUUCUGCUGACGCGGAUUCUUGAGAAAUGUAGCCCGCAGUGCCUACGAGCUGCUCAGUCUAGACUGGGAAAGAAAUUGGUGGAUGUUAAGAAUAAUGCUACAGUAUAUGGUGGACUCUUCUUGAGGCAACUGCUCAUACGUAAUCCGCAGGUGGGAAAUCUUCACGCUGAUGUGAUUUUCAGUAUCAUUAUGCGUCUGAUCGAUAUGGCUCUGAGCAGCAAUGAUGCUAUUUUGAGAGAUCUAGCCAUUGAAAUCUACUCCAUUCGUUAUGGAUGUGAUGAUCAAAUGUUGGAAAGGCUUUUGAACACGUUGGCCGCUUCGUUAACCCCAAGACUGGUCUCUCAGGAAGAGCGUAAUGGAAUUCUUCCGUUGAAAUCAUUUGGUCUUUCCUCGUUGCGUGAGGAUCUGUGCUGCCUUCUCUUCGAUACGUACUCAUCAGCGUUAGCUUAUGCAAAGCAAGCUCAGUACAUCGUACGAGGUGUUCUUUUACCUGUACUUGAGAGUGGUCUGAACGAUGAGGCUAUCCGAGAUUCUUCUUUGGGAACUAUUCGUUCGCUUUGCAGCAACUGCGGAAGCGCACUAUUACCUAUUAUUUCCCGCAUUAUAAUCAUGCUCAUAUCGAAGUUGGAUAAACCAAACAGCGCUUUGUUCGAAACGCUGGCGCACAUUUGCCGUCUGUACGGACCUGGAUCCACUCUAUUCCGACACUUUUAUGUUAUUUUUGGAGCUAUGAGACAUCCGUUGGAUGAGCAGGAGUAUGGCGAAUCUGCAGCUAGUGUGUUAGCAGCAAUCGUUGAAACAUCGUCCUUUCUUGUGAAACCAGAGGUUUUGAUGUCGGUUCAACGAAAGAUUUGCGAAGAAAUCAUAAAGAAUCCUAGUUCUCCCUCUUACUGCAGAAUUCUGAUCGCAUUUCUGAGCUGCACUCACGAAGUUGUUCCUCCUCCUGUGCAUGUUGCACGAACAGUUCUAGGAAGAUGCGUUGAUCCACUUCAGUCGCAGCAUCUCCGCGCUCUUUGCGAUACUAUCUCUAGGCCGCGAAUUCAGAAUCUGGCCAGCCAUGAAGUGAUACGUCGUUGUGAUGUAGAAAUGCAAGAGUCGAGUGAUCAUCUCGAGAAAGAGCAGGCAUGUAUCCGUUUUUCUUGA